AUGGCUAGCGAGGAAGACGAGCGAGCUGGUGCCGAAAUCGUUCAUGGGAAGGAAGCCUGCGAUCGAUUUUCGGAGGAGCUGAUGAAAGAGAUUGGAUUCCCUAGUGGUGUUUUUCCAAUAGGAAUAGGAGAGCUUGAAGAAUGUGGGAGGGUGAAAGCCACAGGCUUCGUGUGGUGGAAAUGCAAGGCCCCCUAUGAACAUAUCCACAUAGAAACCAAUUCCAAGGGAAGCUAUGAGGCAGAAACCACAGCAUAUGUGGAGAAGGGGAGGAUGAAGAAGAUGACUGGUGUGACGGCAAGGAAGUCGAUGUUGAAGGUGUCUGUGGUAGAGAUGUCCAUUGAAGGCGGCAACAAGGUCACCUUCAAGACAGCUAUGGGGGUUAGCAAGACCUUCCCCAUCACUUUAUUUAUGAACGAAGAAGAAAAGAAGAUUUUUCUCCAAACCCAACAAAAUGGUGCAGCAAAUUAA